UUUACUCUGUCUCCGCUUCCACUUCUCUCCAAAAUCCAUUACUGCCACCACCUCAACCUCAACCUUCCCCGUUUUCUUCUUCUUCCACUGAAGCCCCGGCCAAGCCCUCGAUAAACACUACUCAAUCUCUCAAUUGGGUUUCUCGGACAGGUAUGUGGCGAAUUAUCAGCCGUCGAUGUGGGCAAGCGUUUCCGCUUAUGUGGGUGGGUUCCACUUGACCGGGUCCACGGUGGUCUCACCUUCUUCAAUCUUUGGGACCACUCUGGCAUUGUUCAUGUUUCUUUUGAAAAUUGUUUCCUUCUGCUGCUGUGUAAAGGUGCAAACAACUUCAAUUUGUUAAAUUUAUGAGCUGUUUUCUGGUUUUUGUGAAGGUUACACCGCUUCCUGAUGAGUUUCCCGAAGCCCAUUCAAGUGCAAAUGACUAUUUUGCUGCUUCAUUUGCCUUCAUCUUUGUUUCUCUUGGAUAUUGAUUCUACCAGCAUGUUUUAUUUUUUGACUUUAAUUUGUUAUGUGGUGCCGAUGAUGCAUCAUGCAUCUCAUCAGGUGGCUGCAGAGCAUGUUCAAGUAUUGAAUGCUGUGAGAUCAAAGUUACCAUUUUUAGUGAUUACUAUAGAUGAUGCAAAGGAUUCUGUGAAAGAGGAGAUUCGGUUGAGUCCAGGCAUUAAAUUUUGUGGGUGACCAAUUUCCCAAUGUUUGAAUGGAAUGAUUCAGAGCAGAGGCUUGAGGCCUUGCAUCACCCAUUUACUGCACCGCAUCCUGAGGACAUGAAAGAUCUUUCCUCUGCUCGUGCCCUUGCUUAUGACAUGGUUUAGAAUGGAGUUGAAAUUGGUGGCGGAAGUUUGAGGAUUUAUAGAUGCGACAUCCAACAAAAGGUUUUAGAAACCAUAGGCAUCUCUCCUCAACAGGCAGAAGCAAAGUUUGGCUAUCUUUUGGAGGCCUUUGACGUGGGUGCUCCUCCACAUGGGGGAAUUGCUUAUGGUUUGGAUGGAUUGAUCAUGCUGUUGGCUGGUGCUAAUUCCGUCAGAAGAGAUGUAAUAGCUUUCCCGAAGACAACAACAGCUCAGUGUGCCCUUACUCGGGUCCCGUUAGAGGGUUGAAAACACAGUUGAUUCAUGCGUUGAUGCUGGGUUGUUGCUGCUGCUGCUGCUGACUGCUAAUGGGAUUCAUCCUAUUAUUCAAGUUCAUACUGUUGGGUAGCCAUGGUGAGAACAAGUAGGGGUCGCCAGAAGGUGGAGAUGAAGAAGAUGGAAAAUGAAAGCAAUCUCCAAGUAACCUUCUCGAAGCGAAGAACAGGCCUUUUCAAAAAGGCUUGUGAACUUUGCACACUUUGCGGUGCUGAUGUCGCCAUCAUUGUCUUCUCUCCAGGGAACAAGGUGUUCUCAUUUGGUCACCCUGACGUUGAAACAAUAAUCGAUCGGUUCCUCACCCGUCACACUCCUUCUACUUCAGGUGCUUUGCAGCUUGUCGAAGCCCAUCGCAACGCUUCUCUUCGUGAUCUUAAUUUUCAACUUACUCAGGUGCUUGAUCUAUUGGAGGCGGAGAGAAAGCGAGGAGAGGAGCUUAUGAAGAUCAGGAGGGCUUGCCGCGCGCAUUGCUGGUGGGAGACUCCUGUUGAGGAGAUGAGCAGGCCACAACUUGAACAGCUGAAGAGCGCUCUGGAGGAUCUCAAGAAGAAUGUGACACAUCAUGCUGAGAAACUCAUUCAGAAUUCAAAUCAAUCCCAUAACUAUUUUGCAUCUACUGCUGCUGGUCCAAGUGUUAUUUCUGGUGCAUCCAUGGCUCCUUUUGAUCCCAAUAAUGCUUCAUUUAUUCCAAAUAUGAUGCCUUCAUCAUACAAUCACCUCGGAUUCGGACGCGGAUUUUACUAGAUAUUGUUAAAAAAGUAUGUGAUGUUGUGUUUAUUUUCAAUAUAUUGUUUGUAUCAGCCUUGGAGCCGUCUGAAGUUGAACAAUAUUACGGAAAAAUAAGAGUCAUGUAGUCUACUAGGAAUGUUGCUUGUCUAAUUCAAUUCCUGUUGA